GGCUGCCCGCCUCUCGCUCUUCGCAGCGAUCAGAGAAGGCGGAAGCAACGGCGUCCGCAGCUGGGGCUCCGGCUCCGGGCGGCCCGCGGACGCAGCGGCGCUGGUCCUUGGCCCCGGAGACUGGCGUCCGGGCUGCCUCGCCUCAGAGCGCGGUGUCCACCCUUUUCCGGCGCCUUGGCUGAGCGGAGCCGUGCGGCAGGGUGGAGCCCUGCGCGCCUUGUCCAGCGGCCCAGCGCACUCGAGCGAGCAAGUGAUAAUCAAGUUACUAUGAGUCUGCUAAACUGUGAAAACAGCUGCGCAUCCAGCCAGUCCGAAAGCGACUGCUGUGCUGCCAUGGCCAGCUCCUGUGGCGCCACAGCCAAAGAUGACAGCGUGAGUGGAACUGCCAGCACGGGGACCCUCUCCAGCUCCUUUAUGGAAGAGAUCCAGGGCUAUGAUGUGGAGUUUGACCCACCCCUGGAAAGCAAGUAUGAGUGCCCCAUCUGCUUGAUGGCAUUACGGGAAGCAGUGCAAACACCCUGCGGCCACAGGUUCUGCAAAGCCUGCAUCAUAAAAUCAAUAAGGGAUGCAGGUCACAAAUGUCCAGUUGACAAUGAAAUACUGCUGGAAAAUCAACUAUUUCCUGACAAUUUUGCAAAACGAGAGAUUCUUUCUCUGAUGGUGAGGUGUCCAAAUGAAGGUUGUUUGCACAAGAUGGAACUGAGGCAUCUCGAGGAUCAUCAAGCACAUUGUGAGUUUGCUCUUAUGAAUUGUCCCCAGUGCCAGCAUCCCUUCCAAAAAUGCCAAAUCAAUAUUCACAUUCUCAAGGAUUGUCCAAGAAGACAGGUUUCUUGUGCAAAUUGUGCUGUAUUGAUGGCAUUUGAAGAUAAAGAGAUCCAUGACCAGAACUGUCCUUUGGCAAAUGUCAUCUGUGAAUACUGCAAUACCAUGCUCAUCAGAGAACAGAUGCCUAAUCAUUAUGACCUAGACUGCCCUACAGCUCCAAUUCCAUGCACAUUCAGUACUUUUGGUUGCCAUGAAAAGAUGCAGAGGAAUCACUUGGCACGCCACCUACAGGAGAACACCCAGUCGCACAUGAGAAUGUUGGCCCAGGCUGUUCAUAGUUUAAGCCUUGCCUUAACUCCCUAUGAUCCUGCCUCUCUGUCCCGGGUUUCCUCUGGGUGUCACCCAGAAGUCCAAAAUUUCCAGGAAACCAUUCACCAGUUAGAAGGUCGCCUUGUAAGACAAGAUCAUCAAAUUCGGGAGCUGACUGCCAAAAUGGAAACUCAGAGCAUGUAUGUAAGUGAGCUCAAACGAACUAUUCGGUCCCUUGAGGACAAAGUUGCUGAAAUUGAAGCACAGCAGUGCAAUGGGAUUUACAUCUGGAAGAUUGGCAACUUUGGGAUGUACUUGAAAUCUCAAGAAGAAGAGAGACCGGUUGUCAUUCAUAGCCCUGGAUUCUACACAGGCAAACCUGGGUACAAACUCUGCAUGCGUUUGCACCUUCAAUUACCAACUGCUCAGCGCUGUGCAAACUAUAUAUCCCUCUUUGUCCACACAAUGCAAGGAGAGUAUGACAGCCACCUCCCUUGGCCCUUCCAGGGUACAAUACGCCUUACAAUUCUUGAUCAGUCUGAAGCACCUAUAAGGCAAAACCAUGAAGAGAUAAUGGAUGCCAAACCAGAGCUGCUUGCCUUCCAGCGACCCACAAUCCCACGGAACCCAAAAGGUUUUGGCUAUGUAACUUUUAUGCAUCUGGAAGCCCUAAAACAAAGAACCUUCAUUAAGGAUGACACAUUAUUAGUACGCUGUGAGGUCUCUACCCGCUUCGACAUGGGUAGCCUUCGGAGGGAGGGUUUUCAGCCACGAAGUACCGAUACAGGGUUAUAGCAUCCUUUCAUUUGUUCCAAAAAAAAAAACUAUCUGGAGAAAACAGUGCCUUUCCUUGUGCUGUUCUUGAUAAUAAUAUGCAAAAAAGAAAAAAAAAAGCACUGGGAAAGCAAGAUGUAAUACCCACUAGUGAAUGUAGGUAAAGAGGUCACUUACCACUUCUUCCUGUUGGAAAUGGAACUGAGGCUGUUUUUUCUUCGGCAUCUACAUGUUCUAUGCUUUUUCAAAAAUGUUAUGCCUGAAGUGCCUGUGGCAUGUUGGAGCAGCUGUUUUGUCAAUCAGGAUACCUCUUUGUUGUACUUCAUGGACUUUUGCUCCAGCGUGUUUUAUUGUCAGAAAGCCUAGAGUCAGAGUACUAAAGCUCAAGCCUUUAAUAAUAAUGGACUUUCCUUAAAACUACAGCUUAUUUUUAUAGUAUUGUAUGUAAUAUAUUAAACGUGAGAAUCACUA